UCGCCCAACCCGCUUUCGAGUCACCGCGAUGGCGGCCUUCCUUCUGCUCCGGCAAGGACGCGCCGGAACGCUGAAGACUGUGCUCCUAGAAGGACAAGUGUUUCGAGGACUUGCUUCUACAGCUUCUCUCUCUGCAGAAUCAGGAAAGAGUGACAAGGGACUGCCACCGAAUUCCAAGAAGCAAAGUUCACCAAAAAAUGUAGUGGACCCAAAGGAGAGGGGCAAGCUAUUAACCACCCCAACAGCAGCUGAAUUGUCUAAAAACUUAACUUCACCCAGUUCUUACUCAUCAGUUGUGAAUCAAGGUGGGACAGGUGCUAGCCCUAACCCUGAUGACAGCAUGCUAUUCACAGAUGAAGGGGUUCCAAAGUUUUUGUCAAGGAAGACUUUGGUAGAGUUCCCUCAGAAAGUUCCAUCCGCGUUCAGAGAACAGGGCUCGGAUUCAGAAGCUCUUCAGAAGAGCAGACAGACGGACAGUUCGUCUUCGUCUUCGUCCUCGUCCAGCUCCUCCGAUUCAGAGUCUGAUGAGGAGGAGGAUGGCUCAGAAGUUCAUUCUCAAGUGAUGAGCAAAGGCAAAGGAAGGGUUUUUAAACCAGAGGCCUCCCCUUCCUUUGAAAAGAAAGCCCCCGAAGUUUCGCUGUCAGCCAAAGAGAAGACCUGGUCGUCACAGCCACAGCUGGACCUCACCUCUCCAGAGAAACCUCGUCAGGCAAAGACGAAAGAGACCUCCAGUAAGCCACUGAAGGACAGAAAAGAUGAACCAAGACCCACAGUACCUAAGUCACAAGUAAAUGAAGAGUUUAUGAAGCAAAAUGUAAAGGGAAAAAAACUGCAGAAAAGUUUUAGCUUGAAUAAAAUGCAUAUGGAAAGCCCAAAGCCACUUGAAGUUAAAAAAAUCUCACCUGACCACACAAAAUCAGGAUUGUCUAUGCAGCCAAGUGGUGGCCCCGUGGCCACUCGAUUGACAGAAGAAACCACCACAGGAAGACAGCUGCAAGCAUCUCCUCCUGAGACCAGGGGAAGACAUGUAGACAAACAAGUCCCAGAGCCUGAUGAGGAGGUGGCUUUUUUCCCGUUCAAAAAAGAAAAUGUGGGGAGGCAAAUAAUAGAAGGAAUCUCAAAGGCUAAUGAAGAGAUUUUGGAAGAUCAGGUACCAGUAAAAAAUUUGGAGCCAGCUUCUGUUCAUAAUAAAGAUGUUUUUGACGAAAAGACAGCAGUACUAAAGCUUGAGGCAAAGGGCGAAAUCAUGGAAGACUCAGCAAGCCAAGUGGGAGACCAGGACGACACACAGGGGGCAGAGCCGGUACAAGCCGCCCCUCCUCCUGAGCCGUUUGACAACACCACCUACAAGAAUCUCCAGCAUCAUGACUACACCCCGUACACCUUCUUAGACGUGAACCUGGACCUACUGAGACUGAGGUUGCCUCAGCCCUCUUCCGGCCGAGAGUCACCUCGCCACUGAGAGCUCAGUUCAAUGAUCACCCUUACCUUGUCUGCUGCGUUCUUGCCUGCAAAAUAAAGUCUGCUGAGUC